AUGGGUAGAUCUAAAACUGCACCAAGACGCCUGGGGCGGAAAAUUGCCAUUGCGGCAAUUGGAAUUCAAUCGGCCACUGCUGGUUUUAUUGAUAUCGACACACCAUUGGAAAAACGAACCACCAAGUCUAUAAUUGAUGGCACUGUCUAUCACCUUGUAAUGUCGGAUGAAUUCAAUACUCCCAAUCGAACAUUUAAAGACGGACACGAUCCAGUUUGGACGGCAUUGGACAAACCAGAUGACGAUUCCUCGUCGGCAGGUGGUGGGUCCCAACAGUUUUACAACUCGUCACAAGUGACGACUGAGGAUGGUAUGCUAAAGAUUAAGACUGACAUCGGGACGACUACCUGGCAAAGAUUCGACCCAGUAGAGAAGACGUGGAAGAAAGAGCACGCCUACUUCCAAUCGGGGAUGGUGCAAUCUUGGGAAAAGUUUUGCUUUACUGGUGGCAUUGUAGAAGUUGAUGUGAUUCUUCCUGGAGAUCCAUUCAUUGGAGGUUUGUGGCCUGCUGUUUGGAUGCUCGGGAAUCUUGGAAGAGCAACGUACGAAGCGUCCACAAACAACAUUUGGCCAUGGAGUUUUGACACGUGUGAUCGAAAGCGACAACCUGCUCAAACACUUUCUGCAUGCAACAGUGCGAAUCACUUUGGGAUGAACCCUUAUCAAGGACGCGGUGCUACAGAGAUCGAUUUGAUUGAAAUUAUGACUGGAGAUUCCAAUGGACCGCUGCCAUCGACUAAGCCGCCAAUUGAAUUACCAUACGCCGAUAUGACAUUGCAGGUUGCUCCAGGUGUAGAAGAAAACAGACCUCCUAAUGGUGCAGCUCCGCUAUAUAAAACUCUACUGGCCCCAAAUGGACACACUCAGUGGGAAGCAAACACGUGGUACGAAGGCAUCGAGUUUGGAGGGAAUACAUCGAUCAAUCCAUUUUUCUAUGGUACCUAUCUCGGAGAGACAAAACCAGGUGAACCUGUUUCAAGAACAAAGAAGCAAGCAUUUCAAGCGGAUGCCGUUGGAGGAGCUCAUCAGCUUGUUCCAGAUCAUUUUAAGCGGGUGCACACAUUCCGCCUGGAAUGGCAACCGGGACCAGGUGGGCGUAUAGAUUGGUUCAGCAAAGGCCACAAAAUUAACGAAACUCUAACAAUGGUCGGGGACGGCAAGGGUAAGGACUGGCUCCACGCAAUGACAAUAUUGGAUAAGGUGCUCAACGAGACGAUGGGUUCUCAGAUUCCAGACGAGCCAUCCUAUCUCAUCAUGAACACUGCCGUAUCAUCAACUUGGGGUUUCCCUUAUGACGUUCCUUCUUCAUGCACAAAGUGCUACGAUUGUAAUGAUCCAAAAUGCUCGUGUGCAUUCUAUGCAGGCUUCUGUAAGAUGCUCCGGAAUGAAAAUGUAUCCAUGAAGAUUGAUGCCGUUCGAGUUUAUCAAAGCCGGGAUGACUCUGCCCAUGUUGGAUCUAGUCACUCACUGGGAUGUGAUCCACCAGAUCAUCCAACAAAGGGAUGGAUCAAGGGCCAUUCUUAUCGAUACAUGCGAAACGAGCCCUUUUCGUAUGCUGAUAAGGGACUGCCAUUAAGGAAAAUCCAGACUGGAGGUGGUACCUGCAUGAUCGACAGUGACUGUGGUGGAAACCUCACCAGUGUCAACUUGACUGCAGUCGACAGCAACGAUGGAUCAAACCAAACAGUAGGUGGCAGAGGCAAAUGUGUGACUGGAAGAGAUUUCAAAGGAAUCUUUUCUGGCUCAGGUAACUCGAAGGUAUGCAAAUGUGAACCUAAAUUUACGGGUCCACAUUGCCUGGCACAGGAACACAUCGACGACACCGAGAGUGCCUAUGAAAAUCAGAAUAAGAAAUCCCUCUUCCACCACAUCCCUGACUUCCGAGUAACCUUUGUUAUGGGAUCUUUUUUUGUCGGUCUACUUACGCUUCUGGUGGUUGUUAACUGUGCUACCGUGCAGUCACGGAAAACUGUUGUGAAAAAGGAGGAUUCAAAUGCAGUACUAUGGACUUGA